AUGGCGCCUCAAAAACUUCCUAAAUUGACUCUUGAACAAAGAGAGAAGCUUAAACAGGCGAAAAGAUAUUGCAUGAAUGAAAGUAUCAAGCACUCGAUGAAGAAAGAAGACAAGCAGCAGAAAGCGAUCAUCCAGAACAAGACGGCGGAGGCGAUCCAGAAGCAGCAAGUGACGCUGCUGAUGACGCAGUGCUUCAUCGGCGGGCUGGACUACAACGUGGGCAUGCGGGAGGUCCGCGAAGCCUUUGCUCCCUUCGGCAUCCUCAAGGCCGUCAAUCUCGACAUCGACCCCCUCACCGGCAGACACAAGGGCUACGCCUAUGUCGAGUACGAUCUUCCCGAAGGCUCCCAGCUUGCGAUCGAACAAAUGUGUGGAAUAAGCUUGAACAACCGGCCGAUCCGCGUUGGGCGCCCGACGAACACGGACGUCUACCAGGAGUUAAUCGACAAUUUGAUAGAAAAGUCGAAGAAGUCGUCGAUCAUUUACGUUUCGAAUUUGGCGCCUUCAGUCGUCGACGACGAUCUCCGCGUCAUCUUCUCGCCUUUCGGCGACGUCGUCAAAGCGGUGCUCAUUCGCGACUUCGUUACUGGAAAGCACAAAACUUACGGCUUCGUCGAGUACACGACGGUAAAAGCAGCCGCGGAUGCGACGGAAUCGAUGAACAUGUUCGAAUUGAAAGAAAAGCAAAUCCGAGUGGGGCGAGCGAUGAUCCCGCCGCCGCAAGUGAUCAAUCCAGGACCAGUGCUGAAUUUUCAACGCACCUCUACUGCCAUGGCAAUCACGCAGGGAGAGACAGCAGAUUUCGCGGCAAUCGGCGCUCCUGGAGUUGCUUUUCCAAAACUCGCGCUCGAGUUGAAAUGA